AUGGCGGCGCGUAUGUUUGAAGAGCUCCGUUCUAUACUUCUCGCUAUUAAGGAACGACGAGGCGAGUGGCAGAAAACCUCGGCAGCAAUAACCAUUUCUGUUUCCGACGGAAUCUCACUCCUGGAGAGGUACCACGACUGUGUUAAAGACAACGAUAUAUACUAUAUCGCAAGUAUUCUGGAUCCUCGAAUCAAGACCAAGUGGCUCAAAACGCUACUAGAUGGAGACAAGAUUAUCGACCGAAUCAGGGCGUUCCUGAAGAAAGUAUAUCACACCCCGGAACAGCCUGUAUCGACUGCUCUAAGCACCAAUUACAAGAGCUUCGAAUAUCGAUUUUUGGAGGCCUUUCAGCCAACGCAGUGUAACGUCGCUGAGUUAGAUAUCGACCAGUAUUUCGAUACUCCUACAAUCAGCACUGGUUUCGAAACAAGCCAGAGCCAGACUGAAUUUAUACGGGACUGGUGGAAGGCCAACAGGCUUGAAUUUACUUGUAUGGCCAAGGCAGCACAAGAUCACCUUGCUAUACCAGCAGCGGAGGUAGAUAUAGAGAGAUUAUUCAAUGGCGGGAGAGAUGUACUGGGAAUUCGACGUUUCUCUAUGAAAGGCAAGACUCUUGGGACCUUAAUAAGGCUGAAAGAUGCUGCACGUUGGAAGUCUGAAUAG